GAUUGUUUUUGUGCUUUGAUUCGAAUCUCAUGAUCGUAUUUGGAAAUUCCCUUCGUGUCAGUCAUCUUACUUUUCUUCCUAAACGUUUUCUGAGUAUAAGUCAAUUAAAAGAAAGAAGUCUUAUAUGCGUUCAUGGCACAUCAGCCGAUGAGUUUCUACAAGGACUUAUAACAAAUGAUAUCAAAUCUAUAAAUCAACCUAAUUCAUUCAUGUAUUCAUUGUUUCUCAAUUCGAAGAUAGUUUUUUUCAUUAUAUAUUUUAGGGUAGAGUUCUAACUGAUGCAUUUAUCUAUCAUACUAAUCGUUUAUCGACUAAUCAGUCUGAUUAUCUUGUUGAAGUUGACGUCAGUUGCGUACCUGAUAUGGUUAAACACUUAAAGCAAUAUAAUUUACGUGGGAAAGAUACUGGAGCCCACGUGCACCAUUGGUUUGGAACCAGGGUUUUCCAACUCCCCUAGGUGGACUCUCCAUAUCCACGAGCUUAGUCAAAGCGCCGGACAUUCACUCUUCGUCCUUUCAAGUCCGUAAACAACACCCCUGCCACGAGAAGACAGAGGCUAUAUACGCGUGGCCAUGUGAGAGCA